AAUGAUAAUAAUAAAAAGUGAACAGGAAAACCCCGCCUAUUCUGUUUUUUUUUCUCUUCUUUGGUGCAAUUUCUGAAGGACGAAAAUUGAAGUAAGCAGCAGGGGAAAAAGCAAAAAUGGCUGGCUUCAUUCGAACAGCUCGAAGAACAAUUCUCUCUGCCUCAAUACCCCUGACUAAUGGCAGCGGAUCACGAAUCGCAACGGCAUCUUCACUUCUCCAAUACGAACCAUACGCGACCGGCACAGUCCACAAAUCGCCUUUCAAAGCGAACAUCCUCAGAAUCCUAAGCAACGAGAUCGAGUACCAGCACGACUACGCCCCGCCCCAUCAGCCUGCUACGAGUUUCAAUUCAUUUAUGGUCGAAGACCGACCGGGAGAGAAGUGGGUGACAAUGAGGGGAAAACAUGGAGACAAUGAGGAAAUUAAAAUUGAAGUAACUAUGUUUGACGGGUGUGUGUUUGUUCCUAAACCUGGGGAAGAUAGCUCCGGGGAAGAUGUGCUCCUUCACAUUAGCUUGCUUGUUGAUAUUUCCAAGGGUCAAGGUUGUCCUGAAUUGGAAUUUUUGUGCUCAGCUUGGCCUGGCCGGUUAGAGAUUCAGAGAGUUUACUUGCUAAAUCGCGAUAGGAUUGUGACUAACCCUUACAUGGGACCUGAUUUCAGAACUUUUUAUAGCUUGGUGAUAAGGCAUCUACUAGGUAGCGAACAAGCAACGGGUUAAGGGCGUUAGACAUGGGGGUUUAUUUCUUUUAUGGUUGUUGUCAUUAUCUUCUUGCUCUAAUCCACUCUCCAUUUUGGGGAUGGCAAGGGUAAACAUCAUAUAGGAAACAACUGAAGUGUUGUCCACAAAGGGGUUUUCCUUUCUUUUUCUUUCUCUUUCCUCUUCAGAAAUGGAGAGUUAUUGUCCAGAAAGGAUUCUAAUCAUUGACAGGAACACUUACUUGAUCAGAAAAUUUGUGAAGAUGGAUUUGGGGUCCUUGAGAAAGAAAGCAAGACAAGAAUAAGGUUAUUUUUUUCUUGUAUAUAUGCAUAACUCUGUUUUGGUAAUGUUGGGAAAGUUGUGAUGGACAUACCAGGAACAACCCAAGUUCUACAAUGGGCCAAUAAUUUCGUUGGAGGUUUGUCUGAUUUGCUCAGAACUGUUGAUUCUCACCCUUAGUCUAGAUUUAAGCCCAGUUCCCACAAUGCUGGUCACCCAAGGUUUGGGAAAAAAGUUCAAAACUUGAGCCCAAUUUGAUGUCUAAGAUUUCUAACCCAAGCAAGCCAAGGUCUGAAGGUUAAAUGUCGAUGAAUAGUUAAAACUGAGCCAUCAGGUCAUCUUGCUUCAAACCAACAAAGCAAGGUGGAUGAAUAAAAUAUAAAUAUUCCAGAAAAAAAGAAAGUAAAAGUUAUGUGGUGAUGCAAGCUAUGAAGCUAGACCCAUUUUUAGCAUUUUAUUAUCAAAAAACCAAAUCUUUCUUAGAUUGGAGGAUCAGUUGGUGAAAGUGACACAGUACACACUCCUUCACAAAGAACAAAAUCAUACCCACUGUUGCUGAAAUCAACUAAUCAGAAGAUCUAAACCUGCAAUUGACACAAUAUAUAUGCACAAAACAGAUUAAAUUGAGUUCAAGAUGUUAUUCAGCUUUUUUUUUGGCUCUUGGACAAGUAUGAUAUUGAGUUGACAAAUACAUAAAGUUUUUUUUAAUAGAAAAGUAUGUAAUUGAACAUGAACAAUAUGGGAUCUUCUAAAUUCUCAAAUGUCAUUAUUGCAAGAUAUCAUGUUAUUGGUAGAUACUUACUAGAAAGUGAAUCUAUUGGAUUAUGGGAAUCCAACAAGGCUUCAUGAAGUAAAUUCUUGUAGUUAAUCUGUCAAUUUGAAGACUGGCCUGGGACUCAAAAGCUUUUGUUGCUUGAAUGAGGAAAACCCUGAAAAUUUCUUGCUCUACCUCUUACCUUGAUUGGGAAAAUUCCCUCCCAAAAA